GUUCUGUUCCCGCUCCUGUCCAGCAUCGUCCAUGAGCGGCAGACGGCGGGCCUCUCGCUCGAGGAGGCGUGCCCAGCUUUCGUAAGCACGGACACGUACCACAAGCACUACAGGAAGUACAGGGCGCUGGCAGACGAGAUUGCGCAGCUCAGCCGCCUGCGCGUCCGUGGCCAGACGCCCCGCGGCCAGGUCGCCUCCUGCAGUGUCUCCAACCCCGCUUUCGAAAUCUUGGUGGCCGGCGAACCUUUCCACGACGUCCUCAACGCCCGGAGGCGCGUGGGCCCGCAGGCGAAUGACAGUUCUGAUUUCUGUUUCGACCACGCGGACAUGCUCGGGCGCCUCAACGCCCCCGCCCCGCCCGCGCGACCGCAGGGGGAAGCCGCCCCCCCCGCGCUCGGAGAUGCUGGGAGGGCCCUGCUCCGCGCAGCGGUCACCCAGUCCGCGGGUGGCUUUGCUGCGACGCUGGCGCGCGACCCGGUCGCCUCGGUCGAGUUGCGCGCUUUCCUGGCGUCGCCCGGCGUUCGCAAGGCCAAGGUGUUGUGGCAGGGCAUGUUCGGCGCGCAGCCGCCGCGGCCCGUGCUCGCACGGCUGGCUCGACGCGCGGGCGCCCAGUUGCACCCGAGCCUCGGCUGGUGCAAUUACCGAAGCCGCAAAGCGUUCAAGGCCGAGGUCCGCAGGAUGCGACAGUGGUACUCGAAGCCGAGGCGACUCGCGCGCCGCCGGCGUGGGAUCCUCCGCGUCGGCCCCGCAGCUCCCGAGAGCGUCCGGGGGCGGCAGUGCGCAUUUAACGGCAAGCUAAAAUCAGGCUCUGCAGAGGGCCCGUGCGGUUCGCAUUGCAGUAGGCUUUUGAAGAAGCUGCGACUCGACGGGCUGCUCGCUUGGCAGCGUUGCGCGGAGAGCUUGCGCCUGGCGGGGAUGGGCCCGCGAUCUGGCACGGUGCCCGUGGAGACGAUGUGGUCCAUUCAA